UCGAGAGGCGCGUGGCCCGACGGUCGAUAACUGCAACUGGUUCACAUCUCCAUAUCGUGGUGCAAUGGAGUGGGUUGGAGUGGCGGGGGUGGGAGGCUGGGUGCCGGUGGUCUAUGCCGUGGCAUCGUUCCUGCUGGUGCUGGCCGCAGCUCUGCUUGCCUAUGUGGCCUGCUCACGGCGCUACCGACUCAACUGGUUCGAGCGCAAUCUGCUCGAAUCUGAGGAGCUGAGGUACAGCAAGGAGGCGUUGAUUGUGAGUGGAGGAGAAGACGGUGGUUCAACGGCUGGCAUUGGAAGCAGUCGCUCGCUCAACAAGUCCCCUUCAUGCGACAAGUUCUGGGUGCCUCCGAAUCUUAAGCGACAGUCUAGUCUCGACAACUCGUCACCAGAGGAGUCAGGAGUUGGUUCUCCAGUGAGUGGAGACGUGACGAUGGGGGCGAGCAUAUUAGAGGCCCCCUCCAAGGUAGAGAAAGUGCAGCAGCAGCAACAGGUGGCCCUUGCCUCAGUCAGGCCGCGAGUCAACUCCAUGCAUCGACAGCUCGAUCACACCAAAAUCGAUGCUGCUCUAUACGAUCAGCAAGUGACAUCACACGGUGCAACAGAUGAAGGCGGUGAGGAAAUAAUCCGAGGAUCUGUGAAUUUGACUCUUGUUUAUGACCUCAAUGCUGGUAUUUUGACUGUGCGACUAAUUCAGGCAGUUGAUCUUCAACCGAGAGAUUUCAGCGGUACUGCCGAUCCCUACGCCAAAAUUCGCCUACUGCCCGAUCGUACUAAUGUAUGGCAGACCAGGAUCCACAAAAAGACACUGAAUCCCGUGUUCGACGAGGACUUUGUGUUCGAGGUGCGUCGAGGGGGCGUGGCUCGACGCACUCUUGAGCUGGUUCUGUAUGACUUCGACGCAUAUUCGCGCCACCACAGUAUCGGUUGCGUGCAGCUCCCCUUGGCUGGCCUCGACCUGGACCAGAAGCUCACUCUGUGGAAGGCACUCUCUCCCUGUCUAGCGCAUCACGAUCAAGCCAAGGAGGAGUUGGGAGAAGUAUUGAUUUCGUUAUCAUUUCUGCCUUCCGCUGAGCGCCUCACAGUCGUCGUCAUAAAGGCUCGCAAUCUGCGUGCUGUUGAUGAGACUCGUGCUUCUUCAGAUCCGUACGUGAAAGUGUCGCUGUGGGUGAACGGCCGCCGCUACAAGCGCAAAAAGACGAGUGUGGCACGCAAUACGACGCGCCCUGUGUUCAACGAGGCACUGACGUUCGACAUCGGUCGCGAGGCGCUCGCCAAGAACUGUCGCGUGGAGGUGAGCGUGUUGCACGCGGGAGGGGGACCUGCCGCCACCGGCGAGCCUCUCGGCACCUCCUGUCUUAGUUCGGACUCUGAGCGCCGUCUCUUCCACGACCUGCUCUCAGCCAAGUCCGGCCAGACUGCCCUCACUCGCUGGCUACCUCUCACCGACCCCGACUAAACUGCAGUAUUCGCACGCAAUUUGCUUCAAAAAGUGGAGAAGAAACUGCGGAAGAUGUAACUUCAUCAGAUAUGUCAAAUUAUCUUGAAAUCUAUAUAAAUUACAAUGAGAGGAUUGUUUGCUUAUCAUUAUCAUCUUGACCCUUCAAGAUUACUGACUCUGACAUAACUGUAUUGAAUUUGCUUGAAAAAGUGGAGCCACCAUGAGAAGAAAAUGUUUAGUACCGUACAUUCGGAUAAUAUGUAAAAUUAUCUUGAUAUCUAUCUAAAUGACGAACAAUGAGAGGAUCAUUUCCAACUAUCAUUGCUUAAUCAUUAUCAUCUUGAACUUUCAAGAUUACUGACUCUAACAAAACUGUAUUCAAACAGAAUUUGCUUGAAAGAGUGGAACCAUCAUGAGAAGAACAUGUUUAAUACAUUGAAAUGUAAGAUUAUCUUGAUGUCUAUCUGAGUGACACAGUGUGGAUUCUUCAUUGCGUAUCAUCUUGAAGCUUCUAAAUAACUAGAAGUAAAUUGUUUCUAACGACUACCAACUUGAGAUGGAAAACUACUGAAUUCAGACUUGUAAUAAGAGUAGGCCUAGUAUCCGAAUUGUUUGGAAUGUAAAACGUUUUAGUAAGAAAUUAACUUGAUCACUUUUGAUGACUUGGCAAUCUAAUGUCGUUAGAAUAAUAUUUUAAAAUCUUGAGCUCACGUGGUGGAGUUCUUUGGAACAUAGCACCCACCUUCAGUACUAAAUGAAGGUACUCCUAUUAUGUUAUAUACAAAAGAGCUCCACUAAGUGUAUUGUAAUUUUUACCAUUAUUUAUAAAAAAGCAGCUAGCAUUAUGUCCUCAAAAAAGUAUUCAAACUGAUUCAUCAACUAACAGCUCGUAAUAUAAAGUGAAAUUAAAGUUAGGUACUGAAAUACUAAAUAAUGCAUUGCGUGAGACCGCUAUUGGUAGCUUACAUCGUCAGUCCAGUCUAGUUUAAUAUGCGAGUUUCAAUCAUCCUUGAAAGGCUUUCCACAAAACCCAAAAUUAGACCGUCUAUAUGGUAUUGUAUUAAGAUUAGAACAAACAAUCUCUAUCAAUGCGUCAAAUAACAAUAAAUUAUUAUCAUCUUGAAGGUUCAAAAUAACCCAAGUGAACUGUUCCUAUCGAUUGCAUGUAACAACAUCUGCAAAUUUUUAAGAAAAAAAUAUGAAUUUUCAUUGUAACUAUAAAACAUUUUUAUACGUACAGUUUACAAUGUGAGAAUUUAGUAAAACUUGAAUAAUGAUGUAAUAUCAUUAUUAAACUUUUACAAGGAUUGGUCAAUACCAUUUAAUCUGAAUCUAUCUUUGAUAUUUGCUCGAUAAACGUGAAAGCGUACCGUAAGGAUUCUCAUACUCACUUCUGUAGGGCUUUACUGUUUUCUUGAUUUUCAAGGAAAAAUUGGUAAAUAUUCUUGAACUGGCAGACCGGUCGGAAUACAGUGAUACCGUAAAGUCCACUUUAAAGUAGAGUAAAGCUAUUCCUAAAACUUUCAUUUUCGUAAUAGGCAAAAUUUAAUUCAAUUUCAAUCAUAAGACGUUAAUCAAACAUAUAAAUGUGGCCUACAAAAUGAUUACCCUGAAUUCAAAAAUUUUCCAUUGUUAAUUAACCUUCAAAAUUCAAAAUCUUCAAAUCAUUAUUCCUGGAUCAAAAAUCAAGUGAAGAAGCAGUGUGUGAUAUCAUAACCUCUAACUUUGGACAACAUCAACUUUUUAUCAAAAUUUUUGGAGAGAAAUAGUAGGCUACAGGCUCAGCCUAUUUUUUCCUCCAAUGUCAUAAUAAAUUAUAUCAUGAUUGUAGUAUUUUGUACGAUAAAUAAAUAAAUCUACUUGUGAAUUUGUGAAAUAUGUUCAAAAAAGUAAAGCAUUUAUACGGGUUAUUGUUUCUAAAAUAGACUGGUAAAACUUCGUGUUUUUUGCAUUAAAAUGUUCUGAAAUGCAUUAUUACUGAAAUAAUACAGGCGGAAGAUUGUAGCCUACAUUUUAUUCGAUUUUUAAUUUUAUAAAUUUGUAGAUGUUUUAACCUACGUACCGUGAGUUAGUUAAUCUUUAUUUUUCAACUAAGCUUAUUAUUAAUAAAUUAAUAAACUACAAUUUAUAAACUAUAAUUUUCAAUACUUUUGGUCAAAUGUUUUGUAAAAUUAGCUAAGAAAUCGAAUAAGAGUCAAUUAAAAAUAUGCAACUUAUCAAUUUUCUUCUGAGGGUGAUGUCCACAUUAGCUCUUAGCUUGUGUGUGGGUAUUGAGGCGGAUGAUAAUGCGAGACGAAUGGACUUACAGUUUUAGGUGGGCUCCGAACCACCGGGAAGCAAUUUUACAACAGCAGGCGCAUUAUUCUCAACAUAAUAUACAGAAUGGGUGAAAAGUCCGAGAACGGCUUAAUAUCUCAUACACAAAGGUAAUUUUAUGGUGGGUGUGAUUGGGGAUCCUGCUAAAAUUGAAAAUACUACUUUACUAUGACUUCAAAAAUCUGGUCCUCCAUCUUUUAUCCGCCAUAUUGAAUGCAAAUUAUUUUUUUAAAUAGGCAGGUGGUCAUACGAUACAUGAUUUCGAUGCGAAAUUUCAAGAGAAAAUGAAUGGUGAAAACCGCACAUCAAUAUCUCGAACCGUUCAGAAGAUAUUCACAUUAUUAAUCAAUACUAUUCAAAGCAGAAAGGAGAGAAAAAAGUAUGAGAACGGCUCAGUGUCUCAUAAAAGAUUGUGAUUUCAAGCUGGGUGUGAUUGGGGAUCCCUCUCAAAUUGAAAAUACCACUUUACUUUGACUUCAAAAAUCUGGUCCGCCAUCUUGGACCGCCAUAUUGAAUGCAACUUUAUUUUUUUAAAUGGGAAGGUUGUCAUGCGAUACGUGAUUUCGAUACGAAAUUUCAAGAAAAAAUGAAAGGUGAAAACCGCACAUCGAUAUCUCAAACCGUUCAGAAGAUAUUCACAUUAUUAAUCAAUAUCAUGCAGAUACCACUUGUGUACGGUAUUUCAUUACUGAUCUGCAUGAUAUUGAUUAAUAAUGUGAAUAUCUUCUGAACGGUUUGAGAUAUCGAUGUGCGGUUUUCACCAUUCAUUUUUCUUGAAAUUUCGUAUCGAAAUCAUGUAACGCAUGACCAUCACCUUCC